AUGCGAAGCUUCCACCUGCUCCUCUGGGGCUUGGUUGCCCACGUGCCCCUGUCCGCAGCCAGAGCGAACUGCCCGCUGUAUGGUCCGCUGUUCCCGCUGCCGACAAAGCUCCUCCAGAACCCCACGCUCAAGGCGGUGGCGGCAGCGGUGGACGACGCCUUCGUCAAAAACAUCGACAGCGACAACAGCACGGGCUCCAACUACUUCUCGUAUGCCGUGGAGGUUUUCACAGGGAGUGAAGACCAGCCGCUAUGGUCGCACUACUGGACGGCCCCGAGCCUCAAGUACUUCAACUCCACCGGCGUCAGCAAGGUGGACACCAACACUGUGUUUCGCAUCGGCAGUAUCACCAAGAUCUUCACCGUUCUCACCUUCCUAGCGACAGUGGGCGAUGGCAUCUGGAAUGACCCAAUCACCAGGCAUCUGCCCGAAAUCGAGAGCAUAGUCUGGCGCGCCUCGGGCGGGCCCAUCUGGACGCCCGACUGGGAGUCCAUCACGGUUGACGCUCUCCUCGGCGAGCUCAGUUACCAGAUCAAUCUGACCGACUUGUACAGCAUGGGCUUCCCGCCGCUUCCCAAAUCAGACUACCCCCCCUGCGGCACAUGGCCAACCUGUGAUAGGGCACAACUGUUUACAGGUCUUUCGAAGCUGCCACCGUCGUUCCCGCCGUUCGAGACGCCAGCAUACUCGGACAUCGGCUUUGUCCUGCUGUCCUAUGUGGCGGAGCGCAUCACGGGAAAGCCCUUCAAGACGCUGGUCACGGACACCGUGUUGAGGCCGCUCAACCUCACGCACACGUUUGUGGAGGCGCCUGAUGAUUCGCUGGGCAUCAUCCCGGGAACUAGCCGGGCAACGAUGUGGGGUGUCUCGCUGGCCGAGGAGUCUGCCACCGGCAACAUGUACGCGUCUGCCGGCGACUUGUCGUCGCUUGGGCGAGCCAUUCUCCGCUCAACGCUGCUCAAGCCUGCCGUGACCCGGCGCUGGCUCAAGCCGGUAGCCUUCACAUCCGAUCCGAGGGCGCUAGUGGGGAUGCCAUGGGGCAUCAGACGGGUUGACCUGCAGACAAAUCAGACCUACCAGUUUGUGCACACAUUCGACAAAGUCGGCAGCCUGGGCGCCUACAGCUCUCUCCUUGCCGUGAUCCCUGAGCUUGACAUCGGUUUCACCGUGCUGGCCGCCGGCAUCCCUCCGGCGGGGCUGACGACCGCCAUCGCCGAAGCCCUGGCCGACACAUACAUCCCGACGCUAUACUACCUCGCCCGCGCCCAGGCAAACGCCACCUUUGCCGGACACUACAGCCACGCCAGCCUACUCAUCCCUUCGAACAGCACCACCACCAACAAUAGCACCUCAACCCGCAAACCACCACCUCCUCCUUACGCCAACGAUGCCGCCGCCGCCACCACCACCACCAGCAGCAGCCCGACAUCCCGUCCCUCGUCCACCACGUCCCCCUCUAACGCAACCAGCACUACCACAACCCUCCCCUCCACCCCGACAACGCUCAACUCCUCCCUGACCAUAACCGUCGACCCGAUCUCGCCAGGCCUCAACGUGACCUCCUGGCUCUCCAACGGCACGGACAUGGCCUUACUGGCCGUCGCGCUCAGCAACAACGUCAGCGCGGCGUACCUGCCGCUGCUGCGGCCGUCGGUGCGGCUGUACCCGACGGGGCUGGAGGAGCCGAUCGCCGAGAGCGACGGCGGCGGGCGGCGGGUCGCGUUCAAGGCCGUCUUCGAGGACCUCGGCGGCGACGCGGUCGCCGGCGGCGACUUCGUGACCGACUGCGCCUCCUGGGUCGGCGUCACUGGCGUGGUGUAUGCCAGUCGGCCGUUGGAUAUGUUUGUUUUUGAGAUCGCGCCGGAUGGGGUUGUCAGGGCGGUGGUGAAUGAGGCGUUGAGGGUGAGGUUGGUGAAGGUGGAUUGA